GCAUAGAAUUGAAAUUAAGCUCAAUUUCCACAAAACGAAACAAUCCAAGCUGCAGGCCGCAGUGUAGUUUUAAUAGAAUAUUUGACAUAGGCCUACUUACCAUUUAUCACUAUUUAUCAAAAAUAAAAACGUUAUCAAAUGACACGAUGUGAUUAUCGUGCCAUUAGGUUUCGUGUCUAGUGGAAAAUAGGGCCUCUAACAUUAAACGUAUGUGACGCUACGUCAGCGAUUGUUACAUUGUGACGUCAUUCGUUGUCAUGGGGUUCUGACACGCUAGUGUGUGCGGGAGUCGUGCCGCCCAUUAUGCAGUCAGCCUGUCACUUGUCACGAUGUAGACCCUCAACUUGACGUUACGGGUGAUAUCAUGAUGUGGUGAUGGUAGACAACCAAGCUCACAACAGACUAUACACCCUGCGGCCGUUGGCUCCGGAGAUAUGCCUCUUGCUACAAAGAGAGCUGUUCAGUGGAAAAUACUUGCACUUACUCAAGAAAACGUGGAUUACCACAAUUCACGAUUGCCGACCGGAAGUCAUCAAGGAUCACGUGGACAGACGGGACUGGGAGACACAACUUCUUUGUCAUGGGCUCCGAAAGACCUGCGCUGACCUGGGUCGUCUUCGUACGCACAGGAAGACAGAGGAUAACGUGAAAAGGAAAGACAAGCUGUUGUUUCAGAUUGGUGUUCGUGGGAACGGUGAAGGAGACUUCUGUUAUCCCCGGGCUCUGGUGGUUACUGAUACAGGCGACUUGAUUAUAGUAGACACGGCUAACAACCGUGUGCAGGUCCUCAAUCCUUAUGGCGUCUUCAAGUUCUCGUUCGGGACGAAAGGCGAAGCUAAUGGAGAAUUCAAUGAGCCAACGGGUGUAGCCGUGCUUCCAAACGGACGUUAUGUCGUGGCUGAUAGCAAGAACAGACGCAUCCAAGUAUUUCAUCGAAACGGGCGCUUCGACCAAACAUUUUCCACCAAUGGCGUACCGUAUUCAGUGUCAUGUGACAGGUCGUACAAUAUUGUUGUUGGCACGACGGCUAGAAGUGUUGAAAUCUACUCCCGUGACGGUAAAUUUGUAAGAAAAUUUCGAACAAGCGAAUCGACACGGGGGAAAGGCUUCGUCCCGGUUUAUGUCCGCUGUAACAGACGUGAAGAAAUAGUCGUUCUCGAUCCCGAGGAGAAACUUGUGAAAUUUUACACACAGAAAGGCAGAUUCCUGCGCCAUUUCCAACCCGAGCUCGGCGACGACGGCUUAGCGAUGACAGCUAGCUGUAUAUGUCUUGAUUCGAAAGACCGGAUAAUCAUUGGUGAUUCUCUCAAUCACACUAUCAGUGUGUAUGACGAUACUGGUGAUUUUCUCGGCCAAAUCCUAGGACCCUAUGACAGUUUAGGUCCUGUCCAGUCAUGUGACAUAGGACCAGAAGGCCACCUAGGGGUAACAGAGUUCAGUGUCACGGGAGAGCACUGCGUAAAAAUAUUCCGCUUCGUAGAAUGUAUUUGUCAUCUGAACAGACCGGGGUCAACCAAGAGGAGAACGCUCACGAAUUCGGCAGAAAAAGAACACACAUUGUCUCGGAGCAGUUCAAACAGUCCUCAGUGAAGCGUACAUCCAUAAGUUAACUACGGAUUAAGUAGAUACUAGAGAACCCAACCCUCUCAACUUUAGAAUGUACUAUUUUACAUCGUACCCCUUACCAUUUAAGCAACUUCUCUUAGCAUACACCCUAAACACGGAGUAUGCCACACAGUAACUUCAUUCGCCACUGAGAAAAUUUACCAUGUCUUGUUUACCUUCGGCGACCUAGCGAAAUGCAGCAACUUUCCGCUCUGAAACGUUCCGUUCUCCAAAUGAGCGUUUUCAGGCUUUUAUCAUGUUAAAAGGUAUACUUCCCCGUGAUUCGCUCUGCCGCUUUAAGCCAUUGUCCUCUAGGGUUUCUAGGAGAGACAGAGGACUUGCUGUUGUGACUUUGGGGGAUACAGGGAAGUCUUUGUAAAGAUUUGGACAGGGGCUUAUCCGGAUUACCCUGUGACAGUCGCCGGCCUAGAUUGGGAUACAGACAAGAAAAAAAGAAGCUGAAUUAAAUAAAGAACCGUUUUGUGGUCAGUUCACUCUGGACAUAUGAGGUGCUAACUCUAAUACAAUCAGUUUUUGUUUUCAAAAUAAAAAUAAAAAAUGGAUAAAAUAAACUUAAUUAAAGU